AAGAGGGAAUUCAUUUCGGAAGGAAAGAAAGGAGAAAUAAAAGAGGCGCUGGUAUUGAAUGUGCAGUAGCAGUACUGGCGUGGUUGUGUACUGAUUGACUAGCCAUGCGUAUUCCGGUUUUGGAAUCGCAAUGGGAAAUGGAGGGUUGUCGUUGCAGUAACUAAGAGGCAAAGGAAAGCGGACCCACCGGCGCCAAUAUUCCGCAAAAUGUCAGAAUUGGUGGCUCGCACCGGUCGCCAUCAACAGCGCUACGACGAAGGUUGCCGCCUCGUCGCCGGGUGUAUUCCUUUCAAGGAUACCAAUGGUAUUGGAAGUAUUGAUGGAACGUCUGAGAAGGAUGUGGAGGUACUAAUGAUCAACUCAACUAGUGGACCUGGUCUUCUAUUUCCGAAGGGUGGCUGGGAGAACGAUGAGACGGUUGAGGAGGCAGCAAAACGUGAAGCUUUAGAAGAGGCUGGAGUUCGAGGGGAUUUAAUGCAUUUUCUCGGCUACUACGUGUUCAAGAGCAAAACCCUACUAGAUGAAUUUAGUCCGGAAGGUAUGUGCAAAGCUGCCAUGUAUGCUUUGCUUGUGACAGAGGAGCUGCAGUCUUGGCCAGAACAGAGCACUCGCCAGAGACAUUGGCUAACAAUCCCUGAAGCAAAGAAGCGCUGCCAGUAUCAGUGGAUGCGAGAAACCCUUGAGGAAGGUUUCUCAAAGUGGCUUGCAGAUCGAAUAUCAAGCAAUUUGAAAAAAGAGAACCAUGUAGUUUCGCCUGAUUCUGAAUCAGAAUUGAUGAAGAAGGCACCUGUCUAAAUUGGUGCAUUUUUUUUUUCCGCUUCAAAUUGAGGAAUUCUCAUUCUACUGACUUCUUGGUGUAUAAAGGAUUUAGGCAGUCAUUUUAAAGAGACCCAAGAAUCGAUUAGGCAAUGGCAUACAGAGAAGCCUCAGUGGUUUUAAAUUUCAGGCUUCCUACAUGUUGAUGCUCCAAACUUAAACAGGAAUUUUCUUUUUCUUUUUUUUAAUUAUAUUGGAGCCAUAAUUGUUCUCUCUUUGUAACUCCUCGCAAGUUGAUAGUUUCAUGCACACCAUCUAUAGCAUUGGCAUCCGAAAGGUCCGUCAAGGUGAAAUGUGCAACUCAGCCGCGCAUGUUCAUAGGCCGUCAUGUUUCUAUAAAUGGUAAAUACUGGCUUGGGCCAUUGUACUCUGCGAUCUUAGCUUUAAAAAUAAAAUAACUGGCUUAUAUACAGAAACCAGCCUUUUUUUUAA